AUGCCCCGCCCGUCCGUCCCCAACGCCAUGCCCCGCCCGUCCGUCCCCAACGCCAUGCCCCGCCCGUCCGUCCCCAACGCCAUGCCCCGCCCGUCCGUCCCCAACGCCAUGCCCCGCCCGUCCGUCCCCACGCCAUGCCCCGCCCGUCCGUCCCAACGCCAUGCCCCGCCCGUCCAUCCCCAACGCCAUGCCCCGCCCGUCCAUCCCCACGCCAUGCCCCGCCCGUCCAUCCCCAACGCCAUGCCCCGCCCGUCCAUCCCCAACGCCAUGCCCCGCCCGUCCAUCCCCACGCCCGCCCGUCCAUCCCCAACGCCAUGCCCCGCCCGUCCAUCCCCAACGCCAUGCCCCGUCCGUCCAUCCCUAACGCCAUGCCCGUCCGUCCAUCUCAACGCCAUGCCCCGUCCGUCCAUCCCCAACGCCAUGCCCGUCCGUCCAUCCCCAACGCCAUGCCCCGUCCGUCCAUCCCAACGCCAUGCCCCGUCCGUCCAUCCCCAACGCCAUGCCCGUCCGUCCAUCCCCAACGCCAUGCCCCGUCCGUCCAUCCCCAACGCCAUGCCCCGUCCGUCCAUCCCCAACGCCAUGCCCCGUCCGUCUAUCCCCAACACCAUGCCCUGCUGUGGGCCCCUAAUACUUCCAGUGCUGUGGGCCCCGAAUACUUCCAGUGCUGUGGGCCCCGAAUACUUCCAGUACUGUGGGCCCCUAAUACUUCCAGUGCUGUGGGCCACUAAUACUUCCAGUGCUGUGGGCCCCUAA